AUGUCGCAUAAUAGACGAGCAGCUAAGAAAUCAGGGACAAACCCAGCAGCUAGUGGCUCGGGGCCGACGACGAGAGGAAGGUCACAGAAUUCGUCACCAAAUCCCCCACAAAAUCCAUCACCAAAUCCGCCCCCAAACCCCCCACCAAAUCCGCCACCAAAUCCCCCACCAAAUCCGACAGUAAAUCCGCCUCUAAAUCCGCACCUAAACCCCCCAGCAAAUUCGACCCCAAAUCCCCUACCAAAUCCGUCAGUAGGUCCGCCAGUAGGUUCGGUAGUAGUUCCGCCAACAGGUCCGCCAGUAAAUCCGCUACCAAAUGCACAGCCAAAUACGCCACCAAAUCCUCAAUACCCUGGAUCCGCCAUCAGCUCUUUCCUUCUGGAGCAGCUCAAAGAGCAAAAAGAUGCGGUGCUGUUACUUCAGAAGGAACUUCAGACGCUAAAAGAGCAAAGAAAGAGAGAACAGCAGAGUUGGGCCAACGAGAGGAGGCAGCUGCAAACUCAAAUAAGAAAUCAGGAUCAACAACUCACGCAGGCCCAGACCCAGGCCCAUUACUGGCAACAGCCACCUUACUUCUGGGCUCCACAGGUGACACCAAGCCACCAUUACUUUCCGGUGCCGCCAGUACCACAAGCUCCCGCCGAAUUAAACCAGUAG